UACCAAAGGAAUGGAAAAAACAAUUUUCAUUUGUGUAGUAGUGCUUGUAGGGUUGUUCACCUCAGAACUAAGGGUAGCCUCAGCAAUUUGGCAACAAGCUCAUGCAACUUUCUAUGGUGGAAGUGAUGCCUCAGGAACUAUGGGGGGUGCAUGUGGAUAUGGAAAUCUAUACACAGAUGGUUAUGGAAUAAAAACAGCUGCUUUGAGUACUGCUUUAUUUAAUGAUGGCAAAUCAUGUGGUGGUUGCUAUCAGAUUGUUUGUGAUGCAAGUCAAGUUCCCCAAUGGUGCCUCAGAGGAACUUCCAUAACAAUUACUGCCACUAAUUUCUGUCCCCCAAACUUUGAUCUCCCUAGUGACAAUGGUGGUUGGUGUAAUCCUCCUAGACCACAUUUUGACAUGUCUCAACCAGCUUUUCAAACGAUCGCCAAAUAUAAGGCCGGAAUUGUUCCAAUCCUUUACAGAAAAGUUGGCUGCAAAAAAAGUGGAGGCAUAAGAUUUACAAUCAAUGGAAGAGACUAUUUUGAACUGGUGCUUAUAAGCAAUGUAGGAGGAGCAGGUGAUAUUUCCUAUGUUUGGAUCAAAGGGUCUAAAAUGAAUACAUGGGAAUCCAUGUCUAGGAAUUGGGGUGUUAACUGGCAAAGCUUAAGCUAUCUAAAUGGUCAGAGCCUGUCCUUCAGAGUCCAACUCAGUAAUGGUAAGACUCGUACAGCUAUUAAUGUGGCACCCUCUAGUUGGAGAUUUGGUCAGUCUUUCAUCAGCAAGGUUCAGUUCUGAAUGAAACAAAUACUGAAAUAAAUAAUUAUCCAGUAUACAUUAGUCUUCACUGCAUCAUUUUAUAAAUAUAUAUCCAUAUAAAUUUAGUGAUUUGCUUAUAGAAGUUUAUAGAAGGGAAGAGAUAUGUUAUUAUAGUGAAUCUCUAUUGUGAUCUUCAAAAUUGUAAGGAUCAAACAAUUUAGUCAUCAAAUAAAAAUAAAAAUAAAAAAACAAAAUUUAGUCCCUUCA